GAGCGGCGGCCGGGCCCUGCAGCAGCGGCGCGGGCGGCCCCGUGCAGCCCCUCAGAGCCGGGGCGGCGGCCAAGAUGGCGGCGGCGGACGGAGAUGACUCGCUCUACCCCAUCGCCGUCCUCAUCGACGAGCUCCGCAACGAGGACGUGCAGCUGCGGCUCAACAGCAUCAAGAAGCUCUCGACCAUCGCGCUGGCGCUGGGGGUGGAGAGGACCCGCAGUGAGCUCCUGCCCUUCCUCACCGACACAAUCUAUGAUGAGGACGAGGUGCUCUUGGCGCUCGCGGAGCAGCUCGGGACCUUCACUGCCCUCGUGGGGGGACCCGAGUUCGUGCACUGCCUGCUGCCCCCCCUGGAGAGCCUGGCCACGGUGGAGGAGACGGUGGUGCGGGACAAGGCGGUGGAGUCCCUGCGGGCCGUGUCCCACGAGCACUCGCCCCCCGACCUCGAGGGCCACUUCGUGCCGCUGGUGAAGCGCCUGGCGGGGGGCGACUGGUUCACGUCGCGCACCUCGGCCUGCGGCCUCUUCAGCGUCUGCUACCCCCGCGUGUCCAGCCCCGUCAAGGCCGAGCUGCGCCAGUACUUCCGGAACCUGUGCUCGGACGACACGCCCAUGGUUCGCCGCGCCGCCGCCUCCAAGCUGGGUGAGUUUGCCAAGGUGCUGGAGCUGGAGCACGUCAAGAGCGAGAUCAUCCCCAUGUUCUCCAACCUGGCUUCCGACGAGCAGGACUCCGUGCGCCUGCUGGCGGUCGAGGCCUGUGUGAGCAUCGCGCAGCUGCUGCCGCAGGAGGAGCUGGAGGGGCUGGUGAUGCCCACCCUGCGCCAGGCGGCCGAGGACAAGUCCUGGCGCGUGCGGUACAUGGUGGCCGACAAGUUCACCGAGCUCCAGCGCGCGGUGGGGCCCGAGAUCACCAAGACCGACCUGGUGGGCGCCUUCCAGAGCCUGAUGAAGGACUGCGAGGCCGAGGUGCGGGCGGCGGCCUCACACAAGGUCAAAGAGUUCUGUGAGAACCUGUCCCCGGACUGUCGCGAGGCCGUGAUCAUGGGCCAGAUCCUGCCCUGCAUCAAGGAGCUGGUGUCCGACGCCAACCAGCACGUGAAGUCGGCGCUGGCCUCGGUGAUCAUGGGCCUGUCCCCGAUCCUGGGCAAGGACAACACGGUGGAGCACCUGCUGCCCCUGUUCCUGGCACAGCUCAAGGACGAGUGCCCCGAGGUGCGGCUGAACAUCAUCUCCAACCUGGACUGCGUGAACGAGGUGAUCGGGAUCCGGCAGCUGUCCCAGUCCCUGCUGCCCGCCAUCGUGGAGCUGGCCGAGGACGCCAAGUGGAGGGUGCGCCUGGCCAUCAUCGAGUACAUGCCGCUGCUGGCCGGGCAACUGGGCGUGGAGUUCUUCGAUGAGAAGCUGAACUCGCUCUGCAUGGCUUGGCUGGUGGAUCACGUGUACGCCAUCCGCGAGGCCGCCACCAGUAACCUGCGCAAGCUGGUGGAGCGGUUCGGGCACACCUGGGCCCAGGGCACCAUCGUGCCCAAGGUGUUGGCCAUGGCCGCCGACCCCAACUACCUGCACCGCAUGACCACCCUCUUCUGCAUCAACGUGCUGUCCGAGGUGUGUGGGCAGGAGGUGACCACGCAGCAGAUGCUGCCCACGGUGCUGCGCAUGGCGGCCGACGCCGUGGCCAACGUGCGGUUCAACGUGGCCAAGUCGCUGCAGCGCAUCGGGCCCAUCCUGGACAGCGGGACGCUGCAGACGGAGGUGAAGCCGGUGCUGGAGAAGUUGACGCAGGACCAGGACGUCGACGUCAAGUAUUUCGCACAGGAGGCACUGACAGUGCUGGCCUUGGCCUGACCCCCCCUGGGACCCCCCCGCAUGUGACCGGCGCUGUGACCCCCCCCGGUGUCACCCCCCCUCCUUUCGGUGUCCCCUCCCCCCCCGGGGGUGUCACCGUGUCCCCCCUUCCCCUUCCCCCCCUUUCCCGCGCUGUUAAUUAAUUAAUUACUGGUUAUUUCGCCGUUAAUAAAAACGACAACGAGGGUC